AUGGGGGUCGACACCCGCAGACCCGUCCUCCCCGCCCCCACAGAAUCCAUCGUCGAUACCACGGGCGACAGCACCACAGGCACUGAUUUGGCAACUGACCUUUCUCGCCGCACAGACAAAACGUCGUACUCCAUCCCGGACGACGGCAGCCCCAUCACCGUCUCCACCCGGCGCCUGCGGGACCGGGACGACAAGCUGUCGCACUCACACCGAGACUCCCAAACCUCCCUGCUGAUCGAGUACUUCGAAGGCGGGAAGGAAUCGGGAGGCGUGGUCUCCAGGCCGAGCGUGCGAGUUCGGGUCACACCCUCGGGGGCCCGCAAAUUCAAGGACAAGGACCGCAUCCAGAUCACUGAGUCCGGCAGUCGCAAGCCGUCGUACACCCGGCGCAUCUCCUUCACCUCGCCCAGUUCCAAGUCAAAACAGGUGGUCGAAUCCGGCCUGGAGGAGCAGAGCCUCAGCGACAGCAACUCGGCUGAGGAGGACAGUCAACAUCCACCGCGGCGCCCGCCGGUCGAGAUCGAGUUUCUCAAUCGAGAUCUCGGGAGCGAGCUUUCCACCGUCUCGCGCGAUACCAGAUUCAUGCCACACUCAUCGGACGUCUCAUCCAUGCCCGCUGACAGCAUGCUCGACGCAACCUCCUCGGCUGGUCCUCGCCGCAAACGAAGCCAGAGUCUAGAGCGUGGUUCCAGUCGCGGAGAUCAAAAUCUAUUGAAGACGCCAUCCCGACAGCGAAGCCGCAGCCUGAGCAAGGAGCGCAUUGCGCACCGGGUCGCUGAGAAACUGAGCGGGUCACCCCAAGAAGUGUCUAGCAGCAGACAUAAACAUAAAAGCAAGAGCAAGAGCUCCUCCCGCAAGGAUUAUUUAGAGGCUGAACCCAAACCAUCCCGUCGGAAGCGCCAUGAAGAGGACAUCAUCCCCAGCCCCGAAUCCAGCUUGCUGAGUACCUCCGCGGUCUCGUCCAACCGCAAGUCUGGCGAUCAAUAUUCGAUUCGGUCUGGCGCCUCCAAGUCCUCGAUCAACAACCCAAGAUUGUUGGAGACUGUGGAAGAUGCCAUCCGACGAUUGAUUCUGCCUGAGCUCAAGGAGCUGAAAAAGGACCAGAAGGUUAUGCAUAAUACGAACAGGUUCGAGCGAGAGCGCGACAUGACUACCACUUACUCCUCCACGAGCUCGAGAGAUGAACUGGGUCGACGCUUGUCUAAACAUUCGAGUGCACCAGACAUAAUAAAGCCCCGGGUGGUUUUGAACAAGGGUAGCAAGGAUGAGGGUAUUGUGCUGGCUGACUCUGGACCACGGUCCAAGGAGAUGACCCAAGAAAUUACCAAGGAGCGCAAAUCCAGCAAAAGUAGCGAUACUUCUGAUGGCGGCUGGGUGAAAUGGGGCCGACCGGAGCUCAGUGAGCAGGACAGGAUUCGACGCCAGAAGAGCAAGGGCCUUCGGGAUGCCCAGGCGGCGGGACGAGUGGGCUCAGCCCUGACAGCAGCGUCUCUCAAGCAUCACGACUCUCAGUCCAGCCUUGGCCAGGAAGAACACAAGGACAGCGGCUCUCGGAAGAGCGUGGAGAACUUCAACGUUAAUGAUACUGAGCUCGUUUUCCAAAAGCACAAUGUGCCGCGGAUGCCUAUGCACAGUGAGAUCGAUUCUGAGUUGACCCGGACCUCGCUGCUCUCCGAACGUACUGAGAGUCCCGGCCCUCACAAGACUGUCGUGCAUGGGGAAGUCCCUCGCGGGUCUCCACGACAACUCGCUUCCCCCGCCUCUCGCACCCCCACACGGACUCCCGUGGACUCACGAUAUGAGCUGGGCAUGCGGCAUGGGAACCAGUCACAACGCGAUCUCUCCGUCCACAGCGUCUCGGACCGUGAUCUGCGUGGCAUGAGUCAGUCUCCUGGCGGUGACCACGAGGACUGGGCGAUUGCUGCCGCUGCCGCUGCUAACCUACUUGAUGCUGCUCAUCCCGGAGACCGGGCCAUACACGAAAACCGCUACGAGGCCGGCCGGCCUUUGAGUCCUAUUCAGAGCGUUGCGAGCGAUCAGACUGAGACUCAUGGUCGUCACUACAACGCUCAGUAUGACCCCGACGUCCAACGGGAGGGGGAGCCGCGCCUUUCGAUCGACUCUCUAUCCUCUGCGCCAAGCACCAACCUGGCACGAUCUACUCGGACCGAUGGGAUCAGCCCCCACAGCCAACGGGGUGAUUUCAAGCAUGGGGAAGAAGGUCCGGAGCUGGGGUACGAGCAAUCGUGGCAUGCUUCUGGGGAAGAGCUGUAUGGACCGGAUGAAGAGUCUAGACGGUCAGUGGGUUACGACGACAGCGAAGUUGAUUUCAUGGACAAAAUCAAGGAGGGCCAACAUGUGGCCGAAGGUGUUGGUGCCAACCCUCAGUUCGUCCACCCAAUGGGGGUUGAGUCCGCAGUGGCUUCCUUGAUGGACCCCUCUGUGCUUGAGUCCCAGUCAUCUGGCCAUUCCGGCAACCGCUCUCAAACCGAGUACGAGCGCGCGGGUAGCCGAAGCCCUGAGAAGCGUGGCAGCCCACUAAAGCAAGUCCAAGAAGCUUCCAGUCUUGAUGAGACAUCCUUCCCCCGACGAAUGGGCGUUACGUCGCCUCCUCAAAGUGUCACGCAGUCAAUCGAAGAUCUGGAUGAGGCUGGCAUAGCCGCUGCUGCUGCUCGCGGGUUUGAAAGUCCUCUCGCCGACGCAGAGGAGCGCAGCCAAGAGUCCGAGUCGGAUAUCAACACCAACCCGUCCAUCAUUCAAGGCCCCAUCGGCGGCGUCGCUCAGGGAACCCCGGAUCAAUGGGGUGUCGCACAACCUCCCUACUUCGAUUCUCCCGCUGUUCAGAUUCAGACUGGCGGUGCCAAGGAUGUGGGUGAGGCCCCGCAACGCAGCCUCGAUGCUGAGUACUACGAGACUGCCCGGAACAUCUUCGGCGGCGAUGACUACUUUGUUGACCAGCAGGCCGGUCAGCUGUUCGGUACUCCCCCUGGAGCCAAGGAUGAAGGCUAUGUCUCGGCUGCAAACCCGAUGUCUCCGAGUAUUGCCACCCCCAAGCAAGGCAGCCGGGGUCUUGGGGCCGAUGCUGGAAUGGGUGCUUUUGAUAGUCCCACUGAGGGCGAUGAUCCCUUUGCUCCCAAUCAUCAGCGUCAUUUCAGCGGGUAUUCCCAUGGUGUUGGAUCGCCGCUUUAUGAUAGUGCUACUGGACGUGGCAUUGAGAGGAUUCAGUCAAAGGAUAUUGUUGCUUUGAUGGAUCAUCUUACUGUUCGCGAUGCUCAACGGAACGCCAGAGAUACUGAGAUUCUGGUCACUUUGGUCCGAAGCGCUGCAGAAAUGCGUACCUCUUUCGAAGAGAUGAGGAAAUUCAUCGCACAGCAGGAUGAAAUGCUCCAGGAUACCAGUGACAAGCAGCACGACCGAACGCUCAGAGCUCUUGGUGGGCCUCGGCCAUUGCCUCCCAGUGGCUCUCGCAGCCGUCAAUUGAACAUGGAGGAUGAGGAGGACCUGCAGUCUAAGCGGAAAAAUAUUUUCAAGCGCGCGCUCAAGGGUCUGAGUAUGAAGUCUGGCAAUGAUCUCACCAAAAUUGAGGGUAUGCUGGAGCAGUUGCUGGUGGAGGUUGAGGCGUUGCGCGGAGGGCAAGAUCUCACCAGCCCUCGCAAUGGUACUCUGAGAGCCAGCACUGAUCCUAAUGGUUAUGAUACCACUGGUCAAGAUGGUGCUGCUCUGGGCAGCCGCUCUCCCUACAUGGGCAGCCCUCGGCCCGCCACUGUGGAUCAGCGUGUCGACACUGUCCCUGAAGAGGACGAUGAGGAUCUGGAGAUCGAUGAAGAUGAUCCUUACGUGACUGCACAUCUUCCAAUUAAAGAACCUGCACGCCACGAGCGAGCUGGGUCUAUGCCUCUUGCUACACCUCCUCGCAAGCCCGUGGCUACAGGAGCCCGUAGUAACGAGACGACCCCGAAGGCCUCUGACAAAGCUCGCAAGCACAAAUCCAGCAGUUCGUCGAUCUUCCCCAAGAUCUCCCGCUGGUCCAAGACCACCGCCUCGUCCAUGGGCGACAAUAUCCGCAACAGCAUUCAGCCCAAUCGCAAGGAGCGUCCUUACUCUGAGAUGUCCCGCUCCGCUUCGGACCUCGCCCAGGACACAUACAAGACGGGCGACUACUACGAUCCCCAAGGUGACGACCGUAUCCGGUCCACCUACACCCUGGACGAAACCCACCAACAGGAGAACCGACCCCCCUCCCCCUUGGUCCCCUCUCAAGUCUCCGAAGCGCCCAAGUAUCGAGCCCACCGUGGCAGUCUGGAUCUGCAGCACCCUCAGCCUCGCCAGGGCCCCACCGGCCGGUAUCAGAACCAGCUGGAAAGCCAGGCGCAGACGUAUGCGACCCCCACCUCACCCAACUCCGAGCACUGGGGCUCCAACCCCAGCCUCCCAGCUGUGAACCCUAACCAAAACCGGUUCAGCGGCGGCAGUCGCCUCUCCCCUAUCUCCGAUGCAGGCUAUUCGGAAACCAGCUCGCGCGCUACUGGCCUGCCGCCUCGUCCGCCCAAGAUCAAAGACAACGGACCUCUCGUCCCAGAACGGCCACCCAAGGUCCCCGAAGAUGAGGAUCAGACACAAGCGCAGCCGCAAACUUAUGGCAGCGACCGCGUUGCUUCACGGGGCUCCACCAUCCGCUCCCCGCCAACUCGCAAACCCACCGGGCCUCGGCCGCUGACGUCCAGCGGCGCCUACAGUCCUAGCAACAUCAAGCGCACGCGCUACCGCGGCAGUCCGAUGCAGAUCGACUAUGACGACGACUAUUAA